CGCUAUCUCACCCCGCGUUGAUCGCGCAUUGGAAUAGUUGGUGGGAGGCAAUGCGAAUACUUAGUGUGCUUGUCCUCUUGGUUUAAAAAAAAGUACAAGAUCGUGCUUCCAUCUCAAACUUUCAUUAAUUGAUUCAUUUGGCAAACGUUUCGCCAUUCAAUUGAUUCAUUGCCAAUUCCUAUCUCUAUUGCUAUUAGCAUCACAAUCAAUCCACAAUGGGUUCCAUUUCUGUCGACAUUCUGCCCGACGCGGUACCAGUAGCCCAAUUCAACAAACCAAAAGUCCUGAGCGAAGUCAAAGAAAUCCACCAAGAAGCAAAUGGACUCAAAACGCCUUACAAAAUCGUGGAGACUCCUAGCAGAAUAGGUCGCAAGCUCAAGAUCAUUGUGGUCGGUGCCGGAGCAAGCGCCAUCAACUUCGCACAUGAAGUCCAGGAGAGCACACUUGAUCUCGAUCUCGUAUGCUACGAGAAGAACCCGUCGGUUGGAGGUACUUGGUACGAGAAUAGAUACCCUGGCUGUGGGUGCGACAUUCCAUCAGUCAACUACCAACUUUCGUGGGCACCUUCGCCGGACUGGCCAUCCUUCUAUUCGAGUGCUGGUGACAUCUUGGCAUAUUUCAAGGGCGUUGUUGAGAAGUACAAUCUCAUGCAAUACAUUAAACUCAACCAUCAAGUCGUUGGAGCAACUUGGAAUGAGCAAGAGCAGCGCUGGCAUGUCAAGAUUCAGAGGGGAGACGAUCUUAAUGAUGUGAUUGAGGAUAGCGCCGAUGUCUUCAUCAACGCCAGUGGAGUUCUGAACAAGUGGAAGUGGCCUGCGAUCAAAGGCCGUGAGACUUUCCAAGGACCAAUGCUACACAGCGCGAACUGGGAUGAUUCCAUUGAAUUGAAAGGAAAGCGUGUCGGUGUUAUUGGUUCUGGUUCUUCAGCCGUGCAAAUCGUGCCUAACAUUCAGCCAAUUGUUGGGGAUAUGAAAUGUUUCAUCCGGAGUCCUGGUUGGGUAACAGCGGGUUUCGGCCAGAGAUUCGCUGGUAAAGGCGGUGCGAACUUCAAAUACAACGAAGAACAAAAAGCGAUCUUAAAGAAUGACCCUCGCAAAUAUCUUGCGUAUCGCAAAAAGAUCGAAUCUGAAUUGAACUCGAGAUUCAGGUUCAUUUUGAACGGUUCCAAGGAGCAGCAAGAAGCUAAAGAGUAUGCCGACAAAGAGAUGCGCAAGAAGCUUGCUUCGAAACCAGACAUCGCCGAUGUGAUAGUCCCAAAGAACUUCGCUGUUGGCUGCAGAAGGCCCACUCCCGGAAAUGGCUACUUGGAGGCUCUCUGCGAAGACAACGUCAGCGUAGUAUCUCAGUCCAUCGAGCAAAUCACACCCAAGGGAAUCAAGACCAAGGACGGCGUCGAACACGAAUUUGAUGUCAUUAUUUGCGCAACUGGAUUUGACGUUAGCUGGCGACCUCGCUAUCCUACAAUUGGACGCGGCGGCAAGAGUCUGAGUGAGGAGUGGAAGGAGAUUCCAAACACCUACCUCUCCAUUACAGUUCCUCACUUCCCGAAUUACCUAAUCUUUAACGGACCAUUCGGACCCUACGGACACGGAAGCUUUUUGCCCAUUACCGAGCUUUUGGCCAAGCAUUUCAUCAAGAUUUUCACGAAGAUGUCUUACGAGGCUAUCACAUCAUUUGAUCCAAAGGUCGAGGCAGUCGAAGAUUUCAUCCAGCACCGCAGACAAUUCUUGCCACGUACCGCAUGGUCUUCGCCUUGCAGCUCAUGGUUCAAACAGGGUACGAUUGACGGAGAGAUCAUGAUGUGGCCGGGAUCGCGCAUCCAUUUCUUCGAGAACAUGGACAACCCCAGGUGGGAAGACUAUAACUUGAAGUACACGACUUCAAAUAGAUUUGGCCAUUUUGGUAAUGGCUUUGCUGCUAGAGAGUUCGAUGGGCGCGAUCUCAGCUGGUACCUUGGGAUGUUGGACGGAGAAGACACUCAACAGGAGCUGCCCGAUGAGGAAUUCAGUGAAUUCAUGGCUUAGAUAGAAUGCUUUUGGCAAUUAAAG